UUGACAGUUCCAAAAUAGAUAGGUUUGGUUAGUUUUUGUAAUUAAAAACCGUUUAAAAGCAAUUUAUCUAAUAGUUUUGCAAUUAAUUAAUUGUUUAACAUGAUGUACUCCGAUAGUGAUGAAGAUUUAGAAUCUCGAAAUAGAAAAACCGUAUUGGAAGGUCGUGAAAUUUUAGAGAGAACAGGACAAAGUUUAGCUCGCUCAGAACAUGUAGCAAUCGAAACUGAAAAUAUAGGUACACAAGUUGUUUCUGAUUUAAGUGAGCAACGAGAAACACUAUUAAGAGCAAAGAGUAGACUUACAAAUGCAGAUGAGCAACUUGAUAGUACACGAAACAUUUUACGAAGAAUGGGGCGGAAUGUGCUCUAUAAUAAAUUAAUACUGAUAUUAAUUAUUAUUUUGGAAAUUUUAAUUUUAGCUUCUCUAUCUUAUUUAAAAUUUAAAAAAUAGUAUUCCCUAAAUAGUUUCUAAGUAAAAAUUCCUAAUCCAAAUGUAAGCAUUUGCCUUUCUAUACAUAUGUAUAAUAGAAAUAAUGUUACAUUUUCUUUUCAAUUUUAU